UUCCUUCAUCACCAGAAGGAUUGCAAAACUGAUCGUGACCAGCAGGGGGAGCCCGGCCUAUCCCAAGUCAGACUGACUGCUCAGUGGGCUGUGUGAAUGAAAUUGCCAGCGGCUGUUCAUGCUAAAGCUGCUCACACACAAGAUCCUGUGCCGGACUUCUCUCCUGACCCCGCCUGAACGCUGAGCUGCGCUAAUUUUGCUUGUGAAUUUACGAGACGAAAACAAUCGCUGUGGGACAACAGGCGUUCCCGGACGGAAGACAAUGAAGCCAUUCAUGGUUUCAAUGGACAGCUGACUUGUAUAAUCCAAGGCCAGAUAUUCAGAUUCCAGCUUGGUGUCUUGUUUGCUUGCUUUCUGAGAAGAUAACACAGAAGAGAGAUGUCAAUAGGACUAAAGCAGGUUUUUAACAAGGAUAAGACUUUCAGGCCUAAACGAAAAUUUGAUCCUGGUACCCAAAGAUUUGAACUCCAUAAGCGGGCACAGGCUUCUUUGACUUCAGGCGUCGAACUAAAAGCUACAGUACAGCUGCCCAUCGGAGAAGACCUUAAUGAUUGGGUGGCUGUUCAUGUGGUUGACUUUUUCAACAGGAUUAACCUCAUUUAUGGAACUAUUUGUGACUUUUGUACAGAAAGGACCUGUCCUAUUAUGUCUGGAGGCCCUAAAUAUGAGUACAGGUGGCAAGACGAUAACAGAUACAAGAAGCCCACUGCCUUACCAGCGCCACAGUAUAUGAAUCUCCUAAUGGAUUGGAUUGAAGUACAAAUCAACAAUGAAGAUAUUUUUCCUACUAGUGUGGGAGUGCCUUUCAAAAAGAACUUUCUUCAGAUCUGCAAGAAAAUCCUGUGCAGGCUAUUCCGGGUCUUUGUACAUGUCUACAUUCAUCACUUUGAUCGUAUUAUCAUGAUGGGAGCAGAAGCCCAUGUCAAUACCUGCUACAAGCACUUUUACUACUUUGUAACAGAGCUGAACCUUGUUGACCGCAAGGAGCUAGAGCCUCUGGUCACUAGGCAUGUUCCAUACAUGUUUUGUAGGCACCAGUGUACAGGUUGUAGUGCUGGUCAGAGAAGGAACCAGCGACACCAUUGUAAAGAGCCCAAGAAACGCAAAGAACUAUAUGUAACGUUAAAGAACAUAUUAAUUCUAAUGAUAUCCGUUGACAUCAACUGCAACCAAUAUCAUUGUUCUUGGUGAUAAAAAAAUGCAAUUAGAAUUGUGUUCAUACUAGCUGAAAAGUGAACUGAUCAUGGACUUUUGGAAGAUACUUUAUUUGCGGAGGCGAAAUGAUGUGAGCAAGGGUUGGGUUACAUUCUGUAACUUAUUUGUAAUAUGUAGUGAUGUUCAAUCCUUCCCUUAGCCCCAACAAAGUAUGCCUUGGCAGUUGAGCGACAUACAACUUUCUACACCCUCAUGAAUUUUCUUGGUGAAUCAUAUGCUUUUCUAUGUCAGAGAUUUCUGCAAUUGACUGUUACGCUGCUGGACUUGUUUACAAUGCUAAAUAGGAAGCUAACAAUUUUACCUCAGAAACCCAGAAUUAUUUAUAGGUCGAACAGGUGAUUGGUGCAGUAUGAAUUAAUGGAACAUGAUCUGUAUGACUUGCUAUCUGAGGAUAGUGCUGGCAGAGAGGCAGAUAUGAUGGGAAACAGCUGGAGCUAAUGGCUGGCAAGGAAGAUAUUUGUGUAUAACUGCUUAAUCAGAGACUUUCCAAUUACUUUCAUUUUCUGCUUCUUUCCUUUACAGUUGCAAAUGCUUCCAUAAAAGUAAUUCAUCUGUUGCUAGCAAUGAUUAUUUUCAAACUUCUUUGCAACAGUUGAAUACACCAGGAACAUGCACAGCCCACAUUUCAGUUCUCUGCAACACAAGUAGAGGCAAAUGGGACUGUAUAAUGACAUUGCCUAAAACAGAGUUGAAGUAUUGGCUUCGAACCUGCUGUAUUUAGUGGGGAUUUUAUGUUAUGUAACAGAGACGGAGCAACACAAAAAUGGGAAAACUAUUACUAGGUAAAGCAGAUGGAGCAUAGUAAAAUAAACAUAGUAAGCAGCAAACACAAAACUAAGGUCUUGGAGAAAGUGCCAAAUCAGAAAUCCUUUUAGAACAGGGCAGAUACUUAUAUUGUUUCAACCUCUUUUGUUUAGAACGGAGAUUAUUUAAGAGCUGUUUAUGACAUCACCACUAAGCUCCUCUAAGGGCAACAGAUGUAACAAGCAGAACGAUCCUGUAUAAAUCAUUAUGUCAGUGCCCCUAGAUAUAGUUUUUGCUGUCACUCUGUUCUUUCAUCUAUUGUCAUUCACUGCUGAAUUCCCAUAAUGCAUCUUAUUGAAUUUUUUUUAAAGAUUAUUUUUCAACCAGUUACGUUUUUUUUUUACCCUAGUAGUCAUAUAUUCCUUCCUUAUUACUGGUUUCUUUGUAGAGUCAAGAAUGAUUGAUAAUAGCUAUAAUAUUAGCUGAUUGUCUUAAAAACAUAAAUCUUAUCGAUUUGUUCUAUUGUGCUCAGAAAAUGGCACAUUUUCAUUUGUAGUCAAAAAACAUUAAGUCAGAAAAGCAAUGCAGUAGGCAUACGCCGAAUCCAAUAUUCGGUUCAGGAUUCGGGCAGGGUUCAGCCUUUUUCAGCAGGAUUCAGCCGAAUCCUUCUGCCCGGCCAACA